CUUAUGUUGGGGUCUAUAAACGCCUUCCAGGGGGCGCGCACUAGUGAGGACGGAUUUCCCAAGUUGCAGGCGGCGCUAAGUGUCAGGCGCGGGGGACGCCCCUUCCUUUCUUCCAGAGCCCAGGUGAGAGCAACCGAAGGAGAGCCCCAGCGCUUCCCAGAGUUGAGAGAGGCAAGGACAGGAGAUGUGGACUUAUGAGAUCUACGGGGAUAGGUUUCUUUCCAAUAGAAGCAACGCAUAGCCUUUUUGGACCCCAAUGUGAUAAAAAUCUCCCGCCCCAGAGGAGAAUCCACAUGGGCCAGCCUCAUUAUGUGUUCGUUUUCAGGGGUCCACGGACCCAGGAGUCCUGUUGAAGACCUCCAGCCCUAGGUAGGGAGUGCUAAUGUAAACUGAUGAGCUGAUUCAAUUGAUCUGUGUGUUUAUUAAUUUGUUUUCCAGGCGGUCAAGUUUGAAAGGUACUUUCGGACGUUUUGGGCAUGGAGCUUUAGUGUUUAUCUAUGGUAACCGUUUUGUUCCCUAAAUCCUGGGCUUUCCAUUCUUCUGUGCCUGUAAGGUCUGCUGGACUUUUUCCCUAGCCAGAGAGUUCUUCUGCGGUGGUGAGGCCUUUCAGGGCCCCUGAUCUUGGCCGGCCAUGGGGAGCACCCUGGGCUGCCACCGCUCCAUACCCCGGGACCCCUCGGACCUGUCGCAUAGCCGCAAGUUCAGCGCGGCCUGUAACUUCAGCAACAUCCUUGUAAAUCAGGAGCGGCUCAACAUCAACACGGCCACAGAGGAGGAGCUGAUGACCCUACCUGGGGUGACACGUGUGGUGGCACGCAGCAUCGUGGAGUACCGCGAGUACAUCGGUGGCUUUAAGAAAGUGGAGGACCUGGCACUGGUCAGUGGCGUGGGCGCCACCAAGCUGGAGCAGGUCAAGUUUGAGAUCUGCGUGAGCAGCAAGGGCAGCUCUGCGCAGCACUCUCCCAGUUCCCUGCGGCGGGACCUGCUGUCUGAGCAGCAGCCUCACCACCUGGCCACCUCAGUGCCCCUUACCCCACGAGUCAAUAUCAACACGGCCACCCCAGCUCAGCUCAUGAGUGUGCGAGGUGUCACGGAGAAGAUGGCUGCCAGCAUUGUGGACUACCGCCGCGAGCAUGGGCCCUUCCGCAGCGUUGAGGACCUGGUGAGGAUGGGUGGCAUCAAUGCCGCCUUCCUGGACAGGAUACGGCACCAGGUAUUUGCGGAGCGGUCCAGGCCCCCAUCCACCCACACCAACGGGGGCCUGACCUUCACCGCCAAGCCUCACCCGAGCCCCACCUCGCUGAGUCUGCAGAGUGAGGACCUGGACCUGCCGCCAGGGGGUCCCACACAGAUUAUCUCCACUCGUCCUUCAGUGGAGGCCUUUGGAGGCACAAGGGAUGGGCGGCCCGUGCUGAGGUUGGCCACUUGGAACUUGCAGGGCUGCUCCGUGGAGAAGGCCAACAACCCGGGCGUGAGGGAAGUGGUGUGCAUGACGAUCCUGGAAAACAGCAUCAAGCUUCUAGCUGUGCAAGAACUACUUGACAGAGAGGCCUUGGAAAAGUUCUGUGCUGAGCUAAACCAACCGAUCCUGCCUAACAUGCGCAAAUGGAGGGGCCCCCGGGGAUGCUGGAAAGCCAUCAUUGCAGAGACACCCUCCACUCAGCUACAGAAGGGGGCUGGGUUCUCAGGAUUCCUGUGGGACACGGCGGCCGGGGUGGAGCUGAGAGAUGCCACCGCGCAGGAGUGCUCACCUGGCAAUGGGCACGGGAAGCCCAUGGGUCCCAGCCCGUACUUUGCGUGGUUCAAGGUGGGAAGUAUUGAUCUGACUGUUGUGAACCUUCACCUGGCGACCCUGACCGUCCCAGGAGGAGAGAAUCCAAGCAAGAAUCACAGUGACAGCCUCCGCCUGGCUGGCUUUGCACAAACCUUGCAGGAGACCCUGAAAGGAGAAAAAGAUAUGAUUGUUUUGGGGGAUUUCGGCCAGGGCCCAGACAGCAGUGACUAUGACAUCUUGAGGAAAGAAAAAUUCUACCCCCUAAUCGCUGCACACACCUUCACCAACAUCAGCACCAAGAAUCCCCAAGGCUCCAAGUCUCUGGACAACAUCUGGAUCAGCAAAAGCCUAAAGAAGGUUUUCACAGGUCACUGGGCUGUAGUGAGAGAAGGCCUCACGAACCCUUGGAUUCCAGAUAACUGGUCCUGGGGUGGAGUGGCUUCUGAGCACUGCCCCGUGCUAGCCGAGUUUUACACUGAGAAAGACUGGAACAGGAAAGAAGGCCCUCGGAACGGGGACGGGGUCACCGUGGAGCGAAGCGAAGCCCACAUUAAGCACGAGCGAUGAUGACGCCACCUCGACUUUCCCACCUGCUGACCGUGGAGGUGGGAGGCAGGAAGCCCGUCCUUCCAGGUGAAGAUGGAGAGCCGGCACUGCCUUUCAGUCUUUAUCCAGGGCCUUGACCUGCCCGCCUUCUCUGUGGGUGCUUCGGGACCUCUCACGGCGGACGGAGGUGCUGGAUGGUCACAUCAGAAGCCCGGGGGACAGCUGACAUGUCCUCUGAUCUGUGGAUGCCGCCAAGCUCAGCAGACCCACGCUGGCCGUCUGCCGUGCCUGGAGCCGGGCACAGCGGCCAGCAGUGGAGGCUGCAAGGGUGGAGUCGGUGGGAGCCAUCUCCGGCUGCUGAGGCCUGUGUGAGCAACGCCGGAAGCUCCUGGUUCUGACCACUGGUCUGUGAUGUUCUGGCUCCAAUUCCAUAAAGCUUUUAACUGUGAUCAAGCACUCUUCUCAAAUAUUGAGUGGUAAUUUUUAGUUUCGUUUUGAAAAAUAAACAGAGAUGAAUCUG